UUUUACGUUUUAUUUUGGUUCGAAUGCGUUGCAUCUCGCUUAAUAUAUUGAUUUACGAAUCAGUAUCUCCACUCAAUAUUUAAUUAUUUGAGCUGCAGAAUCAUGAUCAAUGGCUACAAAAUCUGAAAGAAGUGAAUAUUAAUAACACGUCUUCAUCUAUCUCUUACUUUUUCUUUCCUUUUUUGUAGUCCUUGUAGUUCACAUCGAUUCAAGCAAGCAAAUAUGGAGGAAAAAGAGUAAUUGGUUGGGCAGCUAGAGACCCUUCUGGACAUCUGUCACCUUUCUCCUUCAGUCUCAGGUUUCACUCUCUUAUGUUACUCUGUUUUAUUAAUUCUCUCACAAGAUGCAAUUGGCUAGUGUUUCAAUUUCCUCAUAAAAUAGGAAAGUAGAACCUGAAGAUGUGUUGUUCAAGGUUUUGUACUGUGGAAUGGACCAUACUGAUCUUCAUCAAAUAAGGAGUGAGAUUCAUCCGCCAACAUACCCUUUGGUCCCAGGGCAUGAAGUUGUGGGAGAGGUUAUGGAACUUGGUUCAAAAGUGAAGAAAUUCAAAGUUGGAGACAUUGUGGGAGUCGGGGGAUUAGUAGGAUCUUGUGGGGAAUGCUUCUGCUGCAUUUCCAACAUGGAAAACUACUGUAAUGGUAGAAUUCCCACCUAUAAUGGCAUCUACAAAGAUGGAGCACCGACACAGGGAGGCUACUCUUCAGCCAUGGUUGUUCAUCAAAAGUUUGUGAUAAAGAUUCCAGCAAAUCUGGCACCAAAACAGGCUGCACCACUACUAUGUGUCGGUGUCACGGCUUAUAGUCCCUUGAAGCAAUUCAGAAACUCCUGCAAGGUUAUGAGGGCAGGAAUUUUGGGUUUAGGUGGAGUUGGUCAUUUCGGCGUCCUAAUAGCAAAAGCAAUGGGACAUCAUGUGACUGUGAUAAGUUCUUCCGAUAAGAAAAGGGUGGAGGCUUUAGAGCACUUGGGCGCUGAUGAUUAUGUGGUAAGCUCCAAUGUGGCAGAGAUGGAGAGAGCAUCAAAUAGCCUUGACUAUAUACUAGACACUGUUCCAGUUUUUCACCCUUUGAAUUCCUACAUUCCUCUGCUCAAGAUUGACGGGAAGCUAAUUUUAGUUGGUGCUGCUUCAAAAACCCCUUUAAGUGGAUGCAUUGGAAUUAAUUCUGGGGAAGAAAACACUAACAGGAAGUUUCAUUGGAAGUGUGAAAGAGACACAGGAAGUAGUGGAUUUUUGGGUAGAGAAAGGAUUGAAAUCAAUGAUAGAGGUGGUUAAAAUGGAUUACGUGAAUAAGGCAUUCGAGAGAAUGGAAGGAAAUGAUGUAAGGUACAGGUUUGUACCGGAUGUGGCUGGCAGCAACCUUGAAGAAUGA